CAAAUAAGCAAAUUUUGCGCGAGUGGGCGCUGCUAGCUCCGAUAAAAACAGCUGAAAUCAUACAAUAAUGACACAUCCCCACUGUUGGUGAUUGCGACAAUAAAAUUGUAAACAAAUAUGCAAAACAAUGUCUUGUGAAGUUAAAACUUUUGGCAAUAUUAAAGAUUUCAAUAAGGUACAAGAAUACUUUGGACUUUCUCAUGAUGAAAAUUGGAUGAAUGCGAUUAAUUUUGCUGUGUCGCCAACUGGUGAACUAAUUGCAUUUGGUCAAGGAGAAAAGUUAGCAUUUUUGUCUUCAUGUUGGGAUAACAAAAAUCAAGCCACAACUUAUGCCUUAACUUGGUGUGGUGAAUUAGACGAUCCAAAUCAAAUUGUAACGUGUUUUCUUUGCUUACCUAUUUAUGGCAAAAAUGUAAGUGUUGGACCAGAGUGGACGUGUGUAGUCGUCGGCUUGGACUCUGGUAUGCUGUUAUUUUAUACAGAUGCUGGCAUUAAAAUUUACUCCCAAAAUUUUCAUGAUGAACCAGUACUUUCUGCUAAGUCAUAUUCUGCGCCUAAACACUCUGAAGCUGAUUCAACAGUGUAUAUUGCUUACGAGCAAUGUAUUUGUAUUAUUAAAGGAUCGGAGCUAUAUUCUUUACUUAACACAAUGCGCAAUAACACAAACUACUCUUUAGGUCGGAAUUCCAAACCUUCGCCUGAAACACCAACUUAUAUACUGCAAUAUCAAAAAUUCAAAUAUAUGCAUGAUCGGGGAACGAUCGUAAAUGAUGCGGUAAUUGUAUGCCCACAAAGACAAAACACAUUCGAUUUUUUUGUAGAGCAAUGUCUAGCUACUGGCUACUAUACACGGUUAUGCGAAACGCCAGUACAGAAUUCAUUGGUUAUUGGUGUCGGCGCAGAACCGUAUUUAGGAUUUUACUAUGCAGAAGAAGGUUACAAGACAAUAUCUUUGGGUGAAGUUGCAAAGGAUGUUAUUGGUUCGGCAUACAAAAACAUACUUGGAAAUAUUUUCGGUCGCGCGCCUGCAAAACCAGUUGAAGAAAUACCAUCACCAAGCAAAGAAUCGCAAAUGCGUGUUCGCUCAAAGCUAUUUGAUGGGAAACGCGAUGGGUUUAGUAUAGUAAUUGCGCCGAAUGGUAAGCUAGCUGCUGUCACAGAUAAUUUGGACCGCGUUAUGCUUGUAGAUACUCAAAAGUCCGUUAUAUUACGUGUUUGGAAGGGCUACCGAGAUGCACAAUGCGCAUUUAUGCCAGUUAAAGAAAAAACGCUGAAAGGAAUACAAAGUCGCAAAAGAAAAGCAUUAUUUCUAAUUAUUUAUGCACCACGUUUAGGUUGUUUGGAAAUUUGGGCGCUACAAAACGGUCCCAAAAUUGCUGCAUUUACGGUUAGUAAAAGUGGUCAAUUGGCAUAUAACACACACGGUCUCUUAGGUAUGCCAUUGGGUGCAAAAGUGCGCGCUCCCUUAAUCUACUGCCUGUUUAUUGAUCCAAGUGACGGCAGUGUCAAAGAAAUACAAAUACCAUUUCAUUAUGCGCUGAGUGAAACCAAUUCACAAACUGCUCGAGAUAUACAUUUGCUAAAACGUUUUAAAAAUUUACUACGAAAUGCUAAUAUCAGCACACUGCAACUGAAGGAUGAUAUAUUCAGUCUAGCUGAAGAGUUUCAAACGAUCGAAGUACAACAGCAGUGCCUCGAAAUUUUAAAGAAAAAUAAACAACUUAAACCUGAAAUUUUUCAAGCUGUUAUUGUCGCAUUCGCUACUGCUAUAUCUAAAAUGAGCCAUUCGUCAGCCGAAAUAAUGAAUUUUCAGAUUGUCUUAGAGAAUUACAAACGAUUAGUGGAUUUUUAUUUGGCCAUGAAAUCGCCUAAAACCGAAGAAUUUGAUGAGGAGAUAGAACUAAAUGACUCAGACUUGGUUACUAUAAACCAGUUGGUAUUGUUAUUGGGCAAUAGAGGUACCAAUUUUUUACCUCAAACAGACGAGCAAGUCACCGUUACUGGGAAAGUUACUUUUCAAGAAGUUCACCAAGAAGAUGGCGAUUUUGUUGAUUAUCUUAGUAUUUUUCAGUUAGAUUACUCGGAAAGUAUUCCAUUAAUACGUGAUAAGUCUCAACUUUUCGGUGACGUAAGCGGAAAUCUGUUCGGAAAAUUCUUUGAUACCGGCUUAUGCUUCAAUCAAUUCAAGACAGAAUUAGAAAAGGUACAAAUACCAUAUGAAGAUAUGUUAGUGCUAUCGCUAUAUUUCUGGAUAGAGAAACCAUUUCAUUAUCAGAAUUGUGAUGAGGUGAUUGCCGAUAUGUCACGUUUAGCUGCAAUGGUGCGUGCUAUAUGCGAAAUGGCUGGGGAUAGAGUUAACAAACAUGCUUAUAAUGCAAUUUCUCCAUGGUGGCAAGAAGUCAGAGAAAUGUUGUUGGAAAGCCCUAAAUCGCUUGGAAUUAUGGUUGCUAUUGUUUGUAAGACAGUCGCUAAUAUUCUAAGGCGAAAUUGUAGAGAAGGGUCGUUCGAUGAAAACGAAGAAAAUGAAUGCUGGGAACAAAUCUCACAUGACGAAGCACAAUGGAGUUUACUCAUUGCGAAACUAGAAGAUGUAGCCGUAUUAGGUGCAAUUUUAGAAUAUCCUAUAAUAAGUACAGAACCUGUAAUGCCACAAUUACCUUAUGUACGCCCAGAUUGCAGCCUAAAGUUCAUAGUUAGUGGUGGUAAAGGAAUAGUAACGGAUUUAGCUGCUCAAUGGCUUAUUAACUCAAGAAUACAUCCAUCCAAAAUUGUGGAACAAGAAAUAAUUUCCACAGAAACCAACAAAGCUGUCGAAGAAAAAGAAACAAACAACACAACAGAAACUGAAGAGCCAAUCACAAACGUUUUGAAUAAGUCAAAUGCUAAUACAGAUUUUGAUGUUGUACUUGAUAAGCUUAAACUAUUGCGCCGUCAUUUUCCCUUUAGUUUGGAAUCGGGAGUUCUACUGAGUCUAAUGUCUUUUCAGUAUAUGGUACAUUGGAGCAAAAACUUGCAAAGCAUUGAAUAUUUUCGAGCAGCUUUAACGUGCUUAGCUCAAUUUAAAACAGAAGACUUUGCGCUGAAGCAUGGAAUGUGCUGCACGUUAUGGAAUGCCACAUUAAAAUAUCCACUUAAAUCGACAAUGACACUUGUGCAUAAAGUCGGCCGCUUACCUAAAAAUAAAAUGUGUCAGCAAGACAUUGAAAUAUCUGCUUCAGUGAUACCUGAUUUUCUGGAACUUUCAUUAGAGUUCUUAGGGCAUUUCUCGACAUCUUUAGAUCAUAAAGGGCGUGAGUUGAAAUUUGAAGAAAACUUAGCCGAAGGACAAAUACCUCUGCAACUUAUAGCGCUACAACAACACAAUGCAAUUAAAGAGCUAUUACGAUUGCAUUACGAGCUUUGCAUGGUUUUACACUUUAUCACAUUCUUUCAACUGAAAGUGAACAAACCGAUAACGACGUUGUUUGACUCCUUGAGCAAUAAAGCAUUUUUUGCUGACAUCAACAAGGAACUACCAUUCACACUACCCGAACCUGAUAUUGUACUACAACAACAACGUGAGGACUUUCUAUGCAAUGUUAUAACAGCGUCAAUGGAUUUGAUACGAGAAGAUCUCGAACAACUGUUUCUGUUGGAACACAUGGAAUACAUGAAAAAAAUCGUAGCUCUUGCACACAGCUGGAAAAUGGAUAAAACGGGUUUGAUCAAAAGACAGAUUGUUGAAUUGUAUGCACAUAGCUAUGAUGCGUUUGCUGAAAGUCUGCUUUCUGAAACUUGCAUAGACGAGAAACUUGGAACUUUAUUGCUUGAAAUUGCAGGGAGAAGAUUAAACUUGUACUCGAACUCAUCUCAACAAGCUUAUUUGAAGAUUGCUUCAAUCGGACAACAGUUGUUAUAUUUUCUGGAUGAUCUCAGAGAAAAUCCUACGAAAUUCACACAGAUAACUGCCUCUGAAUCAGAAGAAAUUGAAUUGGUUGCCUUAACCAAGUUAGUGACUAAAGCGUUCGAGUGUCUUUCCCGACACGAGACCACAUACACUCACAUAUGCGCACAAAUGUACGACGCCUGUAAGUUACUUCAACGUUGAAGAAUUAAAGGUAAUGGGACCCACAUCUUUACAUAUACAUAUACAUAUAAAUCAGGAAAAUUCAAAACUGUGGUUAAA